AUCCAACUAGUUCAUGCAUGUAUGUUUCUGAGAGUUAGCUGAUCAUCCACUCUUGAGAUGGUGCAAACCUGUGCUAGACUGAUAACAUGCUGGAAAUUCAGGACAAGGCUGCUCAAUGCAGUUUAUUUUAAAAAUAAGGCCAGUCGACCUUAUAGUAUCUAUCCUCAUGGCCUUACAAUUAGCAAAGUGAAUGAAGGGGUUAAAUACCCUGGGAAUUCCUCAGACUCCAAUAUGCAGGUUGAACCUGAUCAAAUCUUCCUUUACACCUGGGUCAUUUCUGAAGAAGAUGGGCCAACACCUUCAGACCCCAGGUGUCUAACAAGAGUGUAUCACAGUGCUGUGGAUAUCACACGAGACAUUGCAUCAGGACUUUUUGGACCACUUCUUAUCUGCAAGGGUCAAUCUUUGGAUGCCAGGAAUUUACAGAUAAGAGUAGAUCAGGAACAGCGUAUCAUAUUUGCAGCGUUUGAUGAGAAUCAAAGUUGGUAUAUAGAUGAGAAUAUUAACUUAUGUCUGGAUCCAUCCAGUGUUGACCGAAAUGACCCUGGGUUUUAUGAAUCAAACAUCAUGUACACAAUAAAUGGCUUUGUGUAUGAAAGCAAGGAGGCUUUACCUUUCUGCAAAGGCGAUGUCAUACAUUGGCAUGUUUUUAGUGUUGGUUCCCAAGACCGUAUUCUGUCAAUUAAUUUUCAUGGGCAUACCUUCAGCUACAGAAAUACCAAUGAGGAUGUAAUACACCUCUUCCCUUUAUCUGGUGAAACUCUUACCAUGGAGAUGGACAAUUCUGGUGAAUGGCUUCUCAGACCUUUAAAUACGCAGCCGCGGACUUACGGUAUGAGGAUGAGAAUUAAAGUUUAUCAAUGUGACGAAGAGGCAGUUGCAUACCCACUAUUUAUUUAUAAGAUUGAAUAUGAAGGAGACAAAGUACUAGUGGAUGUAAGCGAGGAAGAGGAUGAAGAAGAGAUCGAUGAACAAACUCUUGAAAUUUUAAGAGAACUUGGACUGCGGUCAUUUAGACCACAACAGGAAAUGACAGAGGAAGAAGAUAUUAUGAAAUAUAUUGAGGAUGACUCUACAAAACAUGACACAUUAAAUGUCAGUCCUGUGGAUUCAAAGGGAAAUCAGAGUGAAAUAUCCAUCACUGAGAAUAAACUGGUCAAUUUAUCAAAUGAAAGUAAAACUGAUGAUUUAGAUCAUUAUCUAUAUAAAGCAGAAAGAUCUGAGGAACUUGUAAAGUUAAAUAAAAUUUCAACAGCAGAACCAACGGAAGAAACACUCAAAGAAAUGGCACAAGUAACUGAAACAUCAAUAUCCAAUUCUCAGCCACUGAAUUUCACAUUGGCAAGUACUCACUUAAGUCAUAAUGUGCAAGGUAUAGUUGAAGAAGGUACACGCUUAGGGAUUUUUGCCAAUGACUACAAUGCAAGGAAUGACAGUAGUGUGUUACAAGAUGUUGCACUAAGGACGGAUGCCAAUAAUGCCAUUUUCCCAAUUAACAUUAGUAAAACGGAUAUUCCAGUUAAUCUCAUGGUUAGGAACAAGAGGGAUUUAGCAGAUACUUCUGUAUUAACAUUAAAACAAAGUAAUGUUUUUCAAAUAAUUCCAGACAGCGCAAGUUAUAUCAAUAUUACCAAUGGCAAGGGAGAAAAGGAGUAUGUAUUAGUCACACAUGAAGGUAGCUCAGAAGUAAAUAAUCAAAGUAAAGGUGAAAGUUUUAUCAAACAAGGCCAUGAAGAAUCAGAAGGAAUACAUAUGGGCAGAGAAACUGGUGGAAAACAGGAAACAGAAAUAGAGAAAGGGUAUGCAGUCAAAACUCAUGAAGAUUUAAUACUGGGAUUGAUUAAUGAAUCAUUGCCAGUUGGAAAUAAUCAGGCAAUUGAGCCUGAACAUAGCCCCGACUUUAUCCAACAUUUUGAAAAUAAAACUAUUAUAUAUAAUGGCAGUACAGAUGAAGCUACAACUAAUAGUGAAGAGGAAGAGAGUAAUUUGUCCAGUGAUGCUCCAGAAUAUUUCACAAGUGUCAUGAAAGAAUCAAGUAUGGAGAGUAGUGAAGAUCCUGAAGAGGUAUUUAUUUUACUAAAGAAGCAUUUAAAGAGUGAGCACAGAGUUCGAUUUUGGGGAGUACCCUUAAAACCCAAAGGCCAUCAUUUGACCUACCAAGUGGAAGAUAAAGGUGUUAGUGUAUCAAGGAUAAAAGGUUUGCGAAGGUACAUAAAGCACACAAAGAAGAAUAGCCGUAAAAAACAGCUCAAAACUGCAAGACGGCAAGUUGUAGCUGAAAUGCUGAAACGGAGAAAAGUCUUGAAAAAGAAGAUUUCACCAAGAGGUUUGAGGCCUGGUAUUAAACAAAGAACAAAUUUAUUAGAACAAAAACAUUUGUCAUCAAGUCAGCUUAUUUCUAAAUUUAAAGACACUCUAAUUUAUCAAGAUGACACUUCACAUAGUAUCAUAGUUGGAAUUCCCAAGCGUAACAAUGGCGUGAGUUUUGAUUAUGAUGAAUAUAUUGCAAAUGCAGAGGUAAAGACUGGUAGAGCUGCAUUAGAAAAAGGUGAAGAGGAAACAGAAUUAGAUGACGUAAACCCGUAUACCCAAGAUAGUCGCACUCAUGCAGAUAUGUCUCGGGAUCCAGACAUGAUUAUCGAGCAUUAUUUACACAGCAACAGUGGGAAUGUGAGGCGGUAUUUUAUUGCUGCGGAAGAAAUUUAUUGGGAUUAUUCCACAAAUGUAAUGAAUCUUGGAAGAUCACAAAAGCAAAGGAAUACUCGGUACAAAAAGGUCAUUUUUCGGAGAUAUACAGAUGCAUUUUUUAAGACACGCUAUGAUCAUGGAGAACGGGAUGACCACUUGGGAAUACUUGGGCCUGUCAUCAGAGCAGAAGUUAAUGAUGUCAUCAAGGUUACGUUCAAAAAUCUUGCUUCUAGACCAUACUCCAUUCAUGCACAUGGAGUAAUAUAUGACAAAUCAUCUGAAGGGAUGCGCUAUGAAGACUUCUCUACUGAUUGGUAUAAAUCGGAUGAAGUUGUUCUGCCAAACACCACUUAUACUUAUGUAUGGAAUGUACCGCCUCAAUCUGGGCCAACAGCCACUGGAUCAAUUUGCAAGCCCUGGGUCUAUUAUUCCGGUGUGGACUUCGAGAAGGACAUUAACUCAGGUUUGAUUGGGCCUCUUCUGAUCUGUCAAAAUGGAACAUUGACGUCAAUUAAUGAAAGCCCUGAAGAUGCUCGUGAAUUCAUUUUGUUGUUUAACACUUUCGAUGAAACUAGAAGUUGGUACUUCAAUGACGGCAAAGCACGGAGUUCUGAUGCGGUCUUUGAAAUGAGUGAUAAUUCAGACUUGAUACAACAGAAUAAAUUUCAUGCCAUAAAUGGACUUGUUGAUGAUUCUUUAAGAGGUCUGGUGAUGUUUGAAAAAGAACUGGUUCGUUUCUAUGUGAUUAACAUUGGGACCUCAGAAGAUGCACAUUCUGUACAGUUAGAUGGUCAUGCAUUCAUUGAAAGGAGGGCGGAUGCGCAUCGUCUGGGGGUUUACAACUUGUACCCAGGUGCCUUUAAAGUAGUGGAGCUGUGUUCAUCAAAACCUGGCUUAUGGCUGUUAAACAGUGAAAAUGGAGAACAUUAUAAAGGAGGCAUGUGGGCACAUGUGCUUGUCUUAUCAAAAGGCUGUGAUGCCCCACUGGGUAUGGUAACUGGAAGUAUAACUGAUGCACAGAUCACUGCAUCAGCCUAUAAAGAUAACUGGGAGCCAAAGCUGGCGAGAUUGAACAACCAAGACAGGAUCAAUGCUUGGAGUGUUGAAAUGAAAAAUUCACCUUGGAUCCAAGUUGACCUGGAAAGGCCAAUGGUGCUCACUGAGAUUGCUACUCAAGGAGCGAGACAGGUUUUUGUGUCUUAUUUUAUUACAGCCUUUUACAUUGAAUACAGUGUGGAUGGAAUCAAUUGGAAGUAUUACAAUGGAAACAGCAGGAGCAACAAACAAAUAUUUAAUGGAAAUUCUGACAAUUCUGGAAUUAAGUUUAACAAGUUUGACCCGCCUAUUAUUGCAAGAUACAUAAAAUUGUAUCCAACAUCCUUCAGAGAAAGACCAACUCUCCGUAUGGAAUUGUAUGGUUGUGAAAUAGAGUAUUGCUCACAACCAUUGGGAAUGAAGAAAGGAAUUAUUUUAAAUGAUCAGAUAACUGCUUCAUCUUUGCUGUCUUCAUGGUGGGGUACUUGGUCACCACAACUGGCACGUCUGGACCUAGGCGGCAGAAUUAAUGCAUGGAGACCUGAUGAACUGAAUAAAAAUCAAUGGCUUCAGGUUAACUUUGGAAAGAAAAUGAAGAUAACUGGUAUUAUUACACAAGGGGUCAAGUCUUUCACCGCCACGAUGUUUGUACAAAGUUAUGCAAUCCAUUUCAGCUUUGAUGGAAAAAUAUGGAUGCCAUAUACAGAUCAGUCAAGUGGAAAUGAAAAAAUAUUCAUUGGAAAUACUGAUUAUUACAGACACAAGAAAAGCUACAUUAGUCCUCCCAUUUCUGCCACACAUAUCCGUAUAAUUCCAAAAAGUUGGUACAACAGCAUUGCACUUCGAAUAGAGCUCAUCGGAUGUGCCAUUGAAUGAAUAUUUUUGCAAGUGUAUUUGUGGAAGAACUACUUGUACAAAAAGAUUUUUCUAAUUGAAACCAUCAGUGCAUUUUUGGGGAAUUCUACAUUCUCUGUGGAUAAAUGAAUUUUGAUGUGAAAAAUUCAAGUAAAUUUUCAUUUGUUUAUGAUAUAUCCUAUGUUGAUUGUAAAUAAUGCAAGAAAAAACAGAUAUGAUUAGCCUGGGAGAAGAAGAAUGAAAUGAGAAGGAGGAUCUGGGGAAUGAUUGGUAAUAUCACAUUAGGGGGCGUAUAGUGUAUUUGAUUAUUUUGUAUAAAGGUAAAUUAUAUUCCUGGAAUUAUAAAUACAUUUGUUGUGAAUAAAAUAAGC